UACUAAAAAUCAAAUUUGUCUUCGUUUCUGGUUUUAUGGUGAACAGAAGAUGAUGGCCUUGGUAUUAUUAGCGGUUCUCUUCGUCUGCGGCCUCAUCAACUCUGUUUUCUUUCUCCCUCCAAAGAAAGUGAUUACUUGGAUUCAAUCUUUUCCUCCAAUUUCAAGAAGUUGUACUUCGAUCACUCCACCUGCAUCUGUAACGGUCAUGGCUUCUGAUAAGAAGAAGGAGAGUGCCCACGACAGGGCCGAGCUCAGAAAUAUCUUCGCCACUUUUGACAAGAAUAGCGAUGGCUUUAUUAACAAGGAAGAGCUCACAGAGUCGUUGAAGAAUAUUGGGAUUUCUACUACUGACGCAGAAGUGAAAGACAUGAUUGAGAGACUGGAUGCUAACAAGGAUGGGCUAAUAGAUCUUGACGAGUUCUGUAAGCUGUAUGAUUCGGUGGGGAAGCCACAGGAUAGAGGAAGGAAAGAUGGUGAGGAGGGUAGUACAGAGGAAGAGGAUGGAGGUGUGGACCAAGAAAUGGAAUUGAAGGAGGCGUUUGAUGUUUUUGAUGGGAACAAAGAUGGGUUGAUUACAGUGGAGGAAUUGAGUCUGGUUUUGGAAUCUCUGGGGUUGAAGCAAGGGUGGAAGAGUGAGGACUGUAAGGAGAUGAUCAGGUCGGUUGAUAUGGAUGGAGAUGGUAUGGUUAAUUUUGAAGAGUUUAAGAAGAUGAUGAUGAAGGCUGGUGGAUGCCUUGUAUCUCUUUCCUAAACAUCAAUCAAACCCUUCUUCACUUCAAUUCAAUCCAGUAAUAAGAUUGUAUUUGAAGGUGGAGAUAGGCUUUAGAGUAUCUUACUGAAGAAUGAUGAAUAAUCAAUCGCUGAUUCCUCUGUUACUAAUCUCUCUCACCUCUGUGGCUCUGUCUUCCUCUUUUCCUUUGUUUUUUUCCUUUUAAUUUUUGAUUUAGGGACUUGGUCUACAGCUUCAUGUAUAAAUUUUGACCAACAAGAACUGUUUACUUGUGUUAUGGUAAGUAAAAUAAAAGAAAAUUAGACCUUAGGAUUCAGAGUUUGAAAUUUGAA